AUGCAAGUCUUGGGCAGCCACUGCAGCUGCCGCAUCGCCAACCUCGAAAAGAGGAACGCUGACAGUUACUUUGGGUUGGCCUGCCUGCGAGGAUCACCACCUCCUCCGCUGCCGGAAAACUACCAACAUGUGGCCGAAGACGCCCAGGGCAGACGCCGGUUCCCUUACUCCAGGUACCAGCCGCUGCUCCCGCAGGCUAGUACAAUGGGCUCCCCACCCGUUUUCCGCUCGUCUCACUCGGCAACGCGUUGGUUCGCCAGGUCGCCGAACCUUGACAAGUUGACAAUGGGCGAGCCGCAAGCCUAUUCCUUUUUUGGCCGAGAUCCAAAGGAGGAGAGACAACUCACUCUCAACGCUGUUGAUUUUCAACUGGUAGUCACUGGUGUACCGCUGCUGCACAACAAAGGAGACGCGAUGCACUGA